GACUUCCUUCCGGCCGGGCGGCCUUUCCGGUCCCGCUUUCCCCUUCCGCCAUGCGCGUGGAGCGGUGCUACUUCUGCUCGGGGCCGGUGUACCCGGGCCACGGGGUGCUCUUCGUCCGCAAUGACUGCAAGGCGUUCCGCUUCUGCCGCUCCAAGUGUCACAAGGGCUUCAAGAAGAAGCGCAACCCCAGGAAGGUGCGAUGGACCAAGGCCUUCCGCAAGGCCGCCGGGAAGGAGCUGGCCACGGAUAAUUCAUUUGAGUUCGAGAAGCGGAGAAAUGAGCCGGUGAAAUACCAGCGAGAGCUUUGGAACCAGACAGUGGAGGCGAUGAAGAGAGUGGAGGAGAUCAAGCAGAAGCGUCAAGCCAAGUUCAUCCUGAACAGGUUAAAGAAGGGCAAAGAGCUGCAGAAGGCCCAGGACAUCAAGGAGGUCAAGCAGAACAUCCACCUCAUCCGGGCUCCACAUGCAGGCAAAGCCAAGCAGUUGGAAGAGAAGAUGGUCCAGCAGUUACAGGACACGGUGGAGAUGGAAGAUGCCUCCUAGAAAACCUCCGUCUCGCUUGGUUGUCUUUGCGUCCCGGCUAUUCCUCUGCCCGCCAUUGCUUCUGUGCUUCCAACUGGAUUCUGAGACUGUUCUGGGGGGCUGACUGUUGGGUAAGAGAACGAUACACGUGCAGGCGGGACGGAGAAGGAAGCUUCCUAGGAAACUUAAGAGACCUGUCCACUUCCUACUUCCAGUGAGCCAAAUGGCACAUGAAAUAAAACCGCUCUGUGAAAAAAACACAAGCCUGGUGCCUGCUUAUUUAUUAUUUACUAGCCGUCCCCUGCCAGGCGUUGCUGUGGCCCAGUCUGUUGAUGUGGAAAAUAAAGUAAUGAGAAAGUA